UAUGGAGUGAGAAUCGCAAGCGGCCAAAUACGAGAUAUCUGAGCGUUAAAUGUGGCUGUAGUACUAGUGUGUAGAGGGGUUGACUCGGAUAAGUAGGCGGGCGGGCUGUGUGCCUUUCCUUUACUGCUCCCUCGCUCCGGCCACUCCGCGUGCACCGACCCAUUAUUUCUCGUCCCUAUCCGUCCUUGUUCCCGACAUCCACCACGACAUCCCCAUGGCCCACCAGACCAAGAAGAAGCGCGUCGACGACCAACAAGUCCCCGUCGACGUCGGCCAACGUCCAGUGCAGUUGCAGAGGAGAAGGGUUUGGAGAGCCUGCGAGAGUUGUAGGCGGAAGAAGAUUAAGUGUGAUGGAACCGAACCAGUUUGUUCUCAGUGCUCGGCUUCAAACUCUCAGUGCGUUUGGCUGCAGACCAAAGACAGGGCGGCUCUCAGUAGACACUAUGUCCAGGAGCUUGAGGCCCGUUUACUUCACAUGGAGAACAUCUUCAACCAGUUAGCCCCUGUCAUUGGCGAGCUGGGACAGAACGCGGACGGUACUCCGGUUCUCUCUUUGCCUCAAGGUCUAUCUAUCUCCGCCGCCACAAACGCUGCCAGCACCUCUGUUGUUCACCAAUCUACCGUCGACAACGACCGACAGUGUCAGCCAGCUGUUCAGACAUCCAAUUCUAAUCCAGAAUCUCCAUCUUCUGUCAAGAUCGAGGACGAUGUUACUGAUUCUCUUGGUCAACUCACCCUCGACGAGCAUGGCCACAUGCGAUGGAUAGGGGGUUCCUCGACGAUGUCCCUCAUACAGUCGUUCAGGGCGGCGACAGCUUCGUCCCAGUAUCGUCUAUCGCCUAUGUCUGAUAACGAUCCCAGUACACCCGCGGGAAACGCAAAUAAAUUAUACUUCCCGGCCUCUGUCUUCUUUGGCAAAGUCCGCGCGCUCCCUGGUCCUGAGGAAGUUGAAUAUCCUGAGCGAGAUUUAGCGGAUGCACUGGUUCAAGCUUACUUCUCCAAACUUCAUUUCCUAAUGCCAGUCCUCGACAAGCCGUCAUUUAUGCGGCAGUACGAAUAUCUUAUGGACAGGACGACAGACCCCAACCUUGCUCGUACUGAAACUGCUUUCAUCUCUCUUGUUUUUGCCGUAUUCGCAUGCGCCGCUCAACUCGUUGAGGACCCAAGGCUCAAGGGGGAGAGGCCAGACGACGGAGGCAUGGGUAUGCUAUAUUACGAACGAGCUCUCAUCCUUCACUACAUCAGUCAUGCAUCAAUCCAAAUGUCUCAUGUUCAGUGUUUUGUUCUGAUGGCCUCAUUCUUGUGCUCUGUCAACUGUCUACCCCAAGCGUGGCUCUUGAUAGGACAAGCCGUACGCAUGGCUCAAGACCUAGGAUACCACCGAUCUCCACGACGUCUUAUGAUCAGCUCAAUCGAGAAGGAGACUAGACGUAAGCUUUGGUGGGGAGUAUACACUCUCGACCGAAUGCUUGCCCUUUCACUAGGCCGUCCAUUAGGCAUCGAGGACUGCGACUGUGAUGUCGAGCUCCCGGUCAACGUCGACGACGGAAGCCUCCCCGACUAUUUCGCAGGCGCACCAAUGACCCAGGAGUCCGAAGAACUUUCGCUCAUGACGGGCUUUAUCUAUCUCGGAACGUUAUAUGUGAUCGCUGGGAGAGUCAUGCGUCAGGUCUAUAGCGUUAACUUGAUGAGCACGGACAACCUGGAACCGGAAGGAAGGGCACAACUGCAGCGCGACGUCGAGAUCCUAGAUAAGGAGUUGACCAAGUGGCUGGACGAUCUGCCCGUCGUGUUCAAGUCGAAUCCGGUGAACGAGAGCCAGGUGUCCAUGGGAGCCGUGCUAUGUAGCCACUACUACUCCGUUCUGACUGCCCUGCAUCGGAACCUCCUUCCCGUCAAACGCGAUCAGCCUAUCGCCCCGCGUUCCACGGCCAAAGCAGUAUCCUCUGCCCGUGCAUGCAUCCGCCUCGCGCCGUUUAUCAAGAGUGUCGUGCCUCCAUCCCAUCACCUGGCCUUCUUCAUCCAGCAUCUUUUCAGCUCCGCAGUCAUCAUCUUGCUGUACGCUAUGCACGUUACAGAUCCAAAGGCCGCAGAUUUGGCCAUGAACGAGGCUCAGAGUUGCCUGCCGGCUCUCGAAUCAUGGGAAGGCCAUUGGCCUGGAGCUCGGAAGUGCAAGGAGUUGCUGGAAGAACUUAUGGCCACCGCACGCGAGGCCAUCCAGUCGGCGCAGAUGAACCCGAAUACCGAGGGAUCUCGACAGUCCAAUUCGCCGGCAUCUCAACCUUCUUUCUCCGUACCUCGUAGUAUGGAGGAACGCAGUCGCAAAGAGUCACUAACUGCACGGACCUCUUCGACCGGGCGGCCCAUCAAGACUCCUGGAAAAUUGAGUAGGAAUCUGUCGCCCGAUGCUGGACGUGCGUCCAGACAAGGCCAGCCUGCUUCUGCUCUACGAUAUCAGGCUGGUCAGCGUGCACGCUCGACGUCUCGCAAACGUGGUCACGACGACCCCGAAGGACCCGAUCAGCCUGGCCCUUCGAGUCCGUAUGGCCUAUCUUUCCCUCUUUCGUUCAACGGUGGGAAGACCCUGACCUCGCAAGAGUCGCCAACGUCUCAGACCUACCCAUCGCCUCCUAUGGCGCACAUCGACACAGUUAAUGAUCAUAACUCUGGGAUGAUGGCUGGACCGCCUCUGUUUGGCACCAUGAACCCGCCAUUAUCGCCCAUGUCGCGGGCCCCAUCUGGCCACUCAUCUUUUGAGUUCGACUUUUCAAUACCCUCAACGGCGUCGAAUCCAAAUCCGUUCGCUCAACAGAAUGCAGAAACUGUGCAGUGGAACGGUCAAGGUGGUCAUUCCAAUGGCACUAACGGCAUGAGCAUCUUUACGAAUGGCGGACAGGGCAACGACAACAUGUUCCAGCCCACAGCAGCGUAUGAUAUUUCCUCCUCAGCCCUCGACUCUUCCUUCUUCCCGUACGAUAACAACACAUCCCAGCUUGGAGUCGGAUUUCCUGGCAUGGCGUCCAUCGCACCUUCGACUCACUUCCCAGCACCAGGACUGCCGUUCCGUGGGCUCGAUUUCAUUCGGAACUUCGAGACCGGGAAUGAGGGAUAUCAGGCGCAGGACUUGGGGCACGGAUUUGAUGCUGGUGCAUUUAGGAUGGACCCGGAGAUUGGGUUCAGUCUGGCGGAUUAUACGAAUUUUGACCAACCGAACGGACAGUAACAGUGACUUGUGUCGGGUAUGUAAUGAAUCUAUGGACCUUUCUGCGACCUUUGCUUCGUUUCGCUUUGUGAGGUGUUGUCCAUAACACGCUAACGACCUAUGCCUCGUCUCUUCGUUCUGUGCAUGCGCAUGGGUUUUGCGUUCUUACGCACAAUCGUCACCCAUGGACAUUGCUGUUUUCUCUGCACUUCUACGUAUAUCUGUACUCGUAUAUGUAUGCGGAAGUUUUAUGUUGUUUUGCUGUCUUUGAGGGGGGAGAAUGAAUACAUUGUACAUUAGUUUUGUCAGUGUUCUUGUACGCGUUACUUCCACGGUUUUUUUCAGCCGGGGUAUACGUUAUUUAGAACUACCUUAUAACCUUGCUUUUACUUCGUUUACUGUACUUCAUACUUCUAUGCCAGUUUCUCUUUUCGC